ACAAAGGAUCCUCAAUGUGGAUCAUCAAUCCUUACUUUUUUCCUCAUUUAAAGUGAAAUAGUGACCUAAAUGAACAUAAAAUUGGCUAAAAUGCCAAAACGCCGAGCCGAGGAGACUCCGGAUGUUGGCAGGCUGGUGGACUCGAGUCAGGCGGAUGACAGGAGGAUGAUACAGCUGGUGCGCGAGCGCAGACUUCUGUAUGCCAGGAACAACAUGCCGGUGGCUUCUUACUACAGCCAGGUUAAGCAGUUGUGGCAAGAGGUGGCGGAUCAUAUGGGUUGGAGUGUGGCCGACGUCCGUCGGAAAUGGUCCCACAUCCGCAACUCUUACUCCCGUCACCUCAGGAACGAGGUCAGCGGCGCCGUGACAGGCCGAGGGCGGAUGGUCUCCAGAUGGUACCUGGCAGAUGAACUGGACUUCCUUAGAGACCACAUGGCGACUGACGUGCGACCAUCUCCGUGGGCCCCGACCUACCCUGACGCCGAAGGCAGUUCCAGCGAGCAAGUGGACAUCAAGCCCUUCAUGUCCAGCCCUUGGCUCGCCUUGGGCCAGAAGUUCGAGGUCAAACCCGAGCCCAACGAGGACUCCUCCUCCUCCCUAUCCUUCGGGCCCGAUGACAACUGCUCAUACUUCCAGUUCUUCAAAGGAAUCUACAAUGACUACCAAGAGUUGCCUUUGAAAAAACGAAGGCUCUUUAAAAGACAAUGUUUGAACUUACUCCAUGAGUUGUUAGAUGAUGAAGAAGGCCCUUUGGUGAUUCCUGAGUGUGUUCAGAGUGAGGAUCCUGUGAAUUUGUCGACGGGGGACGAUGAGGAAGAAAGGGAGAGAAAGCCUUUUCUGCCUGAAGUUUCUAUCUUGCCUACGAAAUAAAGGCUGUGGGGCAGGAGUUUUACAUAACAUCGUACCUGUUUUGAAAACGGUGAAGCACGCAGCUCGAUAAGAAAGAUUCUCGCUAAGAUAUUAAUCUCUUUAUGAGACCCUCUAUUAUAUAGACCGAUGCUAUAGGAUCAUCCGUUGGAGAUCGCAAGAGCGAAGCAGUGGAUUCUUAUUGGUGCGAGCACUGCGAGCAUUUACUUAUGUUCCUAUAUUGGUGUUCCUAGUGGUGAACAUUUUCCUCGUGCUCCAUUCGUCUACCCUCAUCUAUGGUGGAUAGUCUUAUCUUACCGUUAUCAUGUGAUAAACUCAACCCAAGCACUGAAGCGUAGCAUUGAAGUCAGGUUCACUUUUGAUAUGAGCUUUGGACGAAUUUUAGAUACUAGAGAGUGGUAUCAGACUUUGAAUUAAAUGUCUUAAUACAAGCUAGACUGUGCUUCGUCCUUCUUAGUUUCAAAUUUCAAUCGAACUUGAAGAUGUACGAGACGAGAGUGAUGCUCGCUUCUAAUUGGCUAAACUUCAACUACUGAAUUACCAUUCGUAAACCUUACUGCGACGACAAAACGAUUGGUCAAGAGUUGAUACAACUAAGAACUGUGAAUGUAUAGCGAAUAAUGAAAACGGUAUCUGUGAACUAUUAGUUUUAGCAGUGAGUCAUGCUACAGCGCUAAAAGUCAAUAUUUUAAAACUAGUUCCAAAAAGAAGAAUCUCAAUGGAUUGUAUGUUUUGUGUCCACGAUUAAUAAAUUUCUAAAUGGAGAAAAGUUACUAUCAAAAUGUGUUUUGUUAUACACACUUUUAUUGCUGGCGUACCUACUUCUUCUCAUUUGCAUGUCUAUCAAGUACUUUUUGAGCCCUUUCUAACUGGAUGUGUUUGUGUUUUUCAUCGAGGAGGUCCAUUUGCUAUCAUAGUUUGUCAGAGUCUAAAAUCAGCUCUAUGGCUUACUUAAACUCAUACUCAUACUCAUAAUUUAUUGGUAAUAUAUAUAAAUUACAUGUCAAGAUUUACAUAUGUACAUUUCGGAAAUAUAAAUGAACGCACUGCGAUUAAUUUCUUGCGGUUUCAGUCUAAUUUCUUGCGGUUUCAGUAUUUUAAGUGCCUGCGCUCAUGAAGCAUGCUUUUGCGGUUCUGAAACCGCAAAAAAAUAAUCGCACUGCGUUCUCAGCUUAUGUUUGUAUAUUAUUGUGUUGUCAAUUGUCAUCGGAAUUACCAAAGUCCUCCAAAUUGAAACUGAAUCAGAAACCAGGAAGUGGUUCAAAAAGUCACAAGAUUUAAAACACAAGUGAAACUAAUAGUGUAAUAGAAAUAUUGAAGAUUGAGCAUUUUUAAAGCGUUGUUUCGUCGUUAUACCUAAUAAGAGAUCCUUAAAGGUUUUUUUGUAUGUAUGUAAACUUUAUCUUUAGCACUGUAGUAUACUCCAAUCUCUAGUUUAAGGAACUGUAGAUAUAAAUAUAAGAGCGUUAAAAUAAAUAUCUCAAGCACACUUCCUUGAGCCUUAAUUAGUCCAAUUACCUAUCUUCGUUUCGCGUUUCGUAUAAUUGUAUCUCAAAAUAAGUGGAAAAUGUUUAAUUGCGAAA